AUGCCCGCCGCCGUACCCUUAGCCGACUCUCAAAUACCUCAAAACCCACCAGAUCUCUCAAAUAAGCUACCGAAGCUCACUCCGCGCCGUAGACUGCAGCCAGAAGAGGCACCGCCAAACCCACCACCGCCUACGCCUGCGCUUCCAAGGACUCCAAACCUUGAAGGCCACCAAUAUGCAAACCCGACCCGUCGCAUUCUGUCAGAGCGCGAUCACCAGUUGUUCAUCGCCUCGGAAACGUACAACCUGAUCGUCAGCUUUGUCUUCACGUUGUCGGACUCUGUACGAGACACAACCAUCACAAGCGUAAAGCAGUCGUCAGCAGCGCAAGACCCGGCUGUACUUGCGCUGCUAGCAGUACUCGAUCAGGCAGAGGAGCUUUUGAAGAAACAUCCCGCGUUGGAUACAGGGUCGAGAUUUGGUAAUCCGGCUUUCCGCGACUUCCUGGCCGCCGUCGACGAAGCGUUACCAAGCUGGCAUAAGGAGUUGGGAGUGAAAGACACUGGUCCUCAGGAGGAAGUAUCUACGUAUCUGGCCAACUCGUUUGGCAACGGGACAAGGAUAGACUACGGGAGUGGACAUGAGCUCAACUUCAUACUCUGGCUGCUAUGCUUGCGACAGCUAUCGAUCAUCCACGAGAGCAUUUUCCCGGCCGUUGCACUCAUGGUCUUCCCGCGAUACCUGCAAGUCAUGAGAGAUAUCCAAAGCACGUACUAUCUGGAACCGGCAGGCUCGCAUGGUGUUUGGGGUCUGGAUGAUUACCAGUUCCUGCCAUUCCUGUUUGGCGCAAGUCAACUUGUCAAUCACAAGCAUAUUCGACCUCUGAGUAUCCACAACGACCUGAUCAUCGAGGAAUGCAGCAAGGACUACAUCUAUCUGGAUCAGAUCCAGUGGGUCAACGCCACCAAGACCGUCCAAGGGUUGCGGUGGCAUUCUCCCAUGCUUGACGACAUCUCCUCUGCGAAGAACUGGGCCAAAGUGGAAGGUGGUAUGAGAAAGAUGUUUCUCGCCGAAGUGCUUGGGAAGCUUCCAGUCGCACAGCAUUUUCUCUUUGGUUCUCUACUUCCUGCGCCCGAGGAGAUGAGCAAGGACGCGGAGGCGCAAGUUGGGGAUGAGGAAGUUGGAGAGGUGGAGGUCACGGUUGAUGGUAUGAAGCAUAAGCAUAAUCCCAAUAGUUGGGGAGAUUGCUGUGGUAUCAAGGUGCCGAGUGCAGUUGGAGCGAGGCAGGAAGCGCGAAAGGCUGGCGAGGGAGCUCAAUUGCGUAGAGUGCCGUUCGAUUAG